AUGCAAGACUUCAAGACAGGCGCUACACAAGAGGUUGGGGAGAAGAUCGAAGUGGGAGUCGCCCAGGAAUCCGUUCAAGACAACGUCUUGAAGCCAGAUUUGAGCGAAGAUGACGGCGAGGUCUUCAAGAGCCACACUGGCGUGGCUGAGUUUCGCCUUUUGGGAUGGAUUCGAGCGGGCAUCAUCCUCAUGAAGCUCUGUUUCGCAACAGGUGUAUUGGGAAUUCCGUACGCUCUCAAUGUGACUGGCUAUGGACCUGGUAUCUGCAUCCUGUUCGGUUGGGGCUCAAUGACCACCUAUUACGCCUAUGUCAUGUAUCUCUUCCGGAUGAAAUAUCGAGGUGUGCACAACAUCGCCGAUGCCGCCGCGAUAAUGGGCGGUCCCGUUGCCCGCGAGGUCGCCGGAGGCUUGUUCCUGUUGACUUGGAUCUUGGCUGCUGGCUCAGGAUUUAUUGGGCUGGCACAAGGACUGAAGAUUCUCGCUGAUGGUAAAGCCUGCACGGUAGUCUGGACAGUCGUUGCUGCCAUCUGUACCGGACUCGUGUCAAGCAUCCGAACACUGGGCAAGUUGGCCGUCCUGACCUGGAUUGGCUUUGCGUCCAUCUUCACGGCUGUGUUCAUCGUUGUUGUCGGCGUUACGCAAGUCUCUAGGCCAGCUGCAGCACCAAAGACUGGUCCAUUCGACCUGGGUGUGAUCGCUGUUGGAUCGCCAGGGUUUGUUGCUGGGCUGACGGCAACACUUAAUCUCUUCUCUGGUUACGGGGCUACUCCAACAUUCAUGCCUGUCAUAGCGGAGAUGAAACAACCAAAAUCCUUUCCCAAGGCUCUGUUCAGCUCGCAAGCUGCUUUGUCAAUCUGCUAUAUUACAUUUGGCACAGUUGUUUAUAUCUACUGCGGGCAAUACGUGGCCAGUCCAUCCCUAGCAAGCGCUGGGGGUACAAUCGAGAAGAUUGCCUUUGGCAUUUCCAUUCCCGGAUUCAUUAUGACCUCAACAUUAUGGGUUCACAUGGCUGCUAAGUUUCUCUUCGUCAAGAUACUUCGGAACUCUCCCCACUUGCAGAGCAAUAGUGUCAUCCAUUGGAGCACAUGGUUAGGGUCAACUCUUGGGAUUACGUUCUUGUCCUUCAUCGUGGCGGAGGCGAUCCCGUUCUUCAGCUUCCUCCUCGGUCUGAUCGGAUCUCUUUGCUGUGCCCCGACUUGUCUUAUCAUUCCGGCUUUCAUGGGGCUUUACAUGGACCGAGGCAGCCACGGAGCGAACUGGAGAAAGAGGGCUGUGUGCGGGCUGCAUUUUGGUGUGAUUGCACUUGGUUCCUUCAUCACAGUUGCGGGAACGUAUACCACCAUCAAAAGUAUCGUCGACGCCUACAACGAUGGAUCCGUUGGAGGAGCGUUCAGCUGUGCCUGA